GCCGUCGACCAACCGCGUGGACGGACGAACCUAUUACCGAGGACCAUAAAGGAGGACUUACUAUGGGGGCUGAAUACUCAAAACAGAAGACCAAGGAUCCAAAUGACAUAUGUCUGAGCCUCAGAGGUCUCUAUGGCUACCAGGAUGUAGUGAUCCACACAGUUCAGGUCCUGGGCUCCGGAGCCUAUGGCAAUGUGGUAAAGGCAACACUGGAUGAAAACCCAUGUGCUGCUAAAAUCCUCCACCGAGUCAUCGUGGACUCCCAGGACCCCGGACUCUCUGACUUCAUCUCUCGAUUUGAGCAGGAGUGCCAGAUCCUGCGAGACCUGAAACACCCCAACAUUGUCCAGUUCCUAGGUGUGGUCAAAGAUCCCUCUACCAGCAAGCCCAUUCUCCUCAUGGAGCUGAUGAAAGACAGCCUUACACACUUUCUGGAGAGCUCACCAACCGACAUACCCUACCAUGUCCAAGUGAACAUCUCCCACGACAUAGCUCUAGCAGUGGCUCACCUGCACAGGAAUGGCAUCCUCCAUCGAGACCUGUCCAGCAACAACAUUCUCCUGAAUGCCAGCCACCUAGCCAAGGUGACCGACUUUGGCAUGUCCAAGAUUGCAGCCUCCAAUCCCUCCAUGACCCGCAGUAAGGUGACCCAGUGUCCAGGAACACUGGUCUACAUGCCACCAGAGGCCCUUCGUCCCCAGCCUCGCUACUCCGACAAGAUCGACACUUUCUCCGUUGGAGUUCUCCUUCUCCAGAUUGUCACCAGAGAGUUCCCUGCUCCCACUGCUGCUUCUGUUGCAAGGGAAGAUCCAAAUUCCCCCACAGAAGAAAGCUAUGUUCCGGUUUCUGAGAUUAACAGAAGGAAAGCGGACAUUGACAAAGUCCAAAUUUCCCAUGGUUUUCUCUCAGUCAUUAGAGACUGCCUCAAAGACAAAAGUAAAGACAGGCCAAUAGCUGCCCAGCUCUGCCAGAGACUGGGCCAACUGAAGAGUACUGCAGUCUACAGUUGGAGUCGUAGUGCAGUGCUUCUUGAAGGAAGAACAGAGCUCCACGAUGCUGCUGAGAGAGGAGAUGUUGAGGCAGUUCAGAGACUCCUCUCCACUUCUGUAAAUAUCAACUUCAGGACUGAGGAUGAAGGACACUCUGCUCUACUAUUAGCCUCUGCCAGAGGUCAUGUUGAGGUUGUACGUCUGUUGCUCAAGGCUGGGGCCGCAGUCUUCAUUCCUGACAAGGAGUCCAGGAGUCCACUGUACUGGGCUUCAUUCUAUGGGCACAGAGCAGUAGUGGAGCUUCUACUAAAGAAUGGUGCUGACAUCACCAUCUGCAAUGAGAAUGGUUCCAGUCCACUUUAUGUUGCCAGUGAGUAUGGACACACUGAGGUGGUGGAUAUUCUCGUGAAAGCAGGAGCUGAUGUCAAUCAGGCAUGUACCAAGGAACCAUGCAGUGUUCCUCUGGGGAUAGCUGCUGCAAAGGGACACACUGAGACAGUUCAUAGACUGUUGGUGUUAGGAGCUGACAUCAACCACCAGAACAAGAAUGGAACCACAGCCUUACUCUCUGCAGGAUUGAAUGGUCGCUCAGAGGUGGUGAAACUACUGCUAGUAGCUGGGGCCAGAGAUAUUCGUAAUAAGUUUGGAAACACUGCUCUGAGCACAGCCAGAGACAAUGAUGUGGUACAGUAUCUACUGCAACACCAGCCAAAGUGAAAAAGUACACUACAACUGCUACACUGCAUAAAAAUUAAGUUCAGAUUUGACUGUCUAUAAUUCGUGUUUAAGUUUAGGUGCAGUCAUAAGGAUACACACUACAACACUUUCAUAUGAAAGAUCACGUAUGUGCUACAAAACUGUCUUAAAAUAUUGUAGCUAUCUAUUAAAUUAUCUCUUGGGUCAGUCCAUGAAGACCCAUAGACAUUGCAAGUUGAUGUAUGCACAGAAUCUGUUCCACAACAGUGGCGGAUCUAGGGUUUUGAAAGGGAUUCCACUGUCAAUUGCGCUUGUACCCAAGGAACCCCCCUGGAUCCGCCACUGCACAAAAGUUCUUCAAAGGAAAUUCGACAUCUCUCAAAGACCAUUUGAAUGCUUCUGCUAGAACAUUGUACUACAUACCUCUUUCCCAGCAAUCCAAAUCAAUACAGUAUCACUGUCUUAAGGUGACCUUGGGAAGAAGAUACUAAACAUCCCCAAGAACCAUUCCCCGAGUCGCAUUGAAAUGGGCAACCACGAGGCAACAUAUUCUUCACAGGAAGCUGGGGUUUCUCUGGCGUACUCUCCACCCAAAGAAAACAUCAAUAUAUGUCAAUGUGUUCGAG